AUGGCCGACAAGAAGGUUGAUUCAGGCAGUGACUCUGAGAGUGUUGAGGAUCCAGUGGUGGGAAAUGUUAACAAGUUUGCAGUAGUCCCACCUGGCCACACAGGCCGGCCAAAAAAAGGACACAUUAUAUUUGAUGCCUGUUUUGAAAGUGGAAAUCUGGGUCGAGUGGAUUAUAUCACAGACUAUGAAUAUGACCUGUUCAUUCCAGACACGUGUAAUCCUAGAUUUCGUGUUUGGUUCAACUUCACCGUGGAAAACGUUAAAGCUGAUCAACGCGUUAUCUUCAACAUCGUGAACUUUAGCAAGACAAAAUCCCUGUACAGAGAUGGUAUGUCACCACUAGUCAAGUCAACAAGUAGGGCUAAAUGGGUGAGAAUUCCAGCAAAGCAUGUUUACUACUAUCGAUGUCCAGACCAUCGAAAAAACUAUGUCAUGUCAUUUGCAUUCUGCUUUGACCGUGAGGAUGAGAGAUAUCAGUUUUCUUACUGUUACCCUUACUCCUACACAAGACUCCAAAAUUACCUGGACACUUUAGAGAAACGAAACUAUGACUUCUUCACCAGAGAGCUUCUCUGUUUAACAGUGCAACAGCGGCGUCUAGAUCUGUUAACAAUAACCCACCCAGAUAACCUUGAUCCUGACGAACAGCAACGAAUUGUGUUUAUAUCAGCUAGAGUUCACCCAGGAGAAACACCUUCUUCAUACGGUUGUUGUGGUAUUUGUUUUUUUGCAGGUUUCAUUGACUUUUUGAUCAGCAGUCAUCCCAUUGCCAAGAUUUUACGAGAACAUAUUGUGUUCAAAAUUGUUCCUAUGCUGAACCCAGAUGGAGUGUACUUGGGAAAUUAUAGAUGUUCUUUGAUGGGUUUUGAUCUUAACCGCCAUUGGCUGGAACCCUCUCCAUGGGCACAUCCAACACUCUAUGCUACAAAAAAUCUCUUGAUGGAACUUGACAGAAGUGAUAAAUAUGACAUGGAUUUCUUUAUUGACAUUCAUGCUCAUUCUACAAUGAUGAGCGGCUUCAUGUAUGGCAAUAUUUAUGAAGAUUCCGAGAGAUAUGAGAGACAGUCAGUGUUUCCAAAACUUCUAGGUGCAAAUGCAGAGGAUUUCUCUCUUGUUAAUACAAAUUUUAACAAAGAUGCAGUCAAAGCUGGAACAGGAAGAAGAACCCUUGGAGGAUGCUUAGAUGAGAAUUCCCACUGUUACACCUUAGAGGUGUCCUUUUAUAGCUAUAUGACUGCCUGUUCCAGCACAGCCCUGCCGUACACAGAAGAAGGGUACAUGAAACUUGGUCGCAACUUGGCGCGGACGUUUCUCGACUACUAUAAGUUAAAUGGGGUGAUAAGUUCAAAACCCAGCAGUGGUUUGGUUCCCAAACCAGGCCGUUAUAGUGCCAAGGAGUCAAGCAAAGAAGGUGUCAACUCAGAGACCUUUUUUCCACAUGCCAGAGUAGAUGAAAGAUUGAGCAAACAUGAGAUGAUGAGAGAUCACUCAAGACCCAAUUUCUCAAGCCCAACGGAUUUCAGUUAUAACAGUUGCCGGUCGUCGCCAUUGUUGUUGAAAUUUCGAUUGAAAGAAAAAGACUCAAGAUGACUACUAUGUGCUUCAUCAAGAGCAUACACAAAUCAUGGAAUGUGAAAUGUGACAUCUUCAAUAGGCAUAUGUCUAAUGUGCUGUAUUCACAUUUAUUAAUACUCCUCAUAUUUUUCAGUAUUGAUUUUUCAAUGAAUACUGAGAAGUGUUUACUUUCAUUUUGUCUUGUAAGAUCAGAGAUGGUUUAUCUGAGGAUCAUGUUAUGUCAUUGUAGUUUCCAAAAGAGAGGAAACCCAAUACAAUGUAUAAAUUGAGUGGAAUUGAGUAAUUGUGAAACCCCAGUCCUUAUAUGAAGAAGUAUAAAUGUUUUCAUUACCUGUACAUGUAAGACUUCCUGGUGAAUAGCAGUUUUCAUUAUUUUGAAACAAAACGAACAGGUUUUAGUUCUUCAUUGUGUUGUAGGAAUAACAUUUCUGCUAUAUUUGUGAUACAAGACAUUUCUGGAUUCAGGCAGUAUUUUGUCAAUUCUAAUUCUCUAAUGUAAAAUUUAUUCUUAUAGAGAAGUCGUUUUUAGCUGAUAUAUGGUUGCACACACAGGAACAAGAUCAAAAAGAAACAGUAAAGUUAAAUUCAAAAGGAUUCUAGUGAAAUGAGGUAUGCACCUAGAUUUUUACAUUUUAGGCAGUUGUAGUUGAUAUUGUAGAAAAUGUGUUGACAAGAAACAUUUCCUUGGCCAGAGCAGCAAAAAAUCCUACUUAUCGGCAACCUGUCAGUAACUUCCUUCUUUGGCUGUUCUGCAUUUAAUAUUGCAUUGUAUAAAUAUGUAUGCAUGUGCCUGUAUACAUGUACAAUGUUAUGUUGUGUUGCCAUAGAAUUUGAUAUUUUUGGAUUCUUGUUACAGAUAUAGAGUAAUUGAUGUUCAGUUUAUGUAUUUUGAAAAUACAUUUAUUUUGAAAUUAAAUAUAGAGAAUACUUUGUUCAAAUGUAUUUUGCUACCGAAAUCUACUGCUAGGUUUGUUGGAUGCCUGUUUUUUCUUGAUUGCUGUGUGCCAGAGAAUAUACAUACAUGUAUAUAUCACCCUGCGGUAGCAGAAUGAGUGAGAGAGAGAGAGGGAGAGAGAGAGAGUUACAUAGUCAUGAAGACUGAUUACCACGGUUGGCUCUCUGUUGUGUAAAAGGAGCGAGUACAUCAGAUUAGACGUAUCUGGCGCCGAUAUGUAUAACCAUCCCUAUCUAUGUAUACAAACAGGGGAAGAUUGGAGUCUAGUCGCUGAUAGAGUCAAAUUGUUCAGUUUUAUCUGCAGCCUGCACACUGGGCACCGCCUGCAAUAAUGUAACAUGAUUGAUGGCUAAGAGGUAUAUAUGCUCUAAACUUAUUGCUGGGGAUUACUCUUAUGAUCUGUCAAAACUGGAGUAAACCUUCGGAAAGACUGUACAGCAGGCCAUCACACCUGUAAACUUGUCUGUUCGAGGGAACAUUCUGAAGAAGUAUUCCAGUGUAUGCCAGAAAUCUCCUCGAAUGUGGCAUACUAGUCCAUGGGAUGGUUAAAAUGUCAUUAUUUAAAUACAACUUUGUAAUAUGCCAUGUUCCAAUAAGUUUUUCUUUUGUUUUUUUUUUAAUCAUUGUGGUGAGCACCGAUCUAUCAAACAUACAUCAGAGAGCCACAGGACCAAGAAUAUUAUUUGCUUUUAAUUUUGCAUGGCUCAUAUUAUACCUGUCUCCCACUGUAUCUUGAAACUGAAACUAAGCAGAGUUAACAUUUAGUUGUUUUAUGAUGGUUCCAAGAAUAGACUGGAAUCCAACCUCAAAAAUGAAGCAUUGUAUGUCCAUGUCUGUACAGCCUGGUUCUUUGCCAAGAGGCAAAAACGGGUGCAUGUAUUUCUUCAAACUGCUGGCCAAGAGAGGGACCCUGGUGAUAAAUUGCAUGCAGUAAUAUUUUCAGAAGCAAGAAAUACCUUAUCAACGUCCAUCGUAUCAGGCCAUUCACUUAUUAAUGGAAGUUCCUUAUCAGCGCCAUUGACAAUAUAUAUUGUUAUGUCUUUAAUAUUCCCAUUGUUUUUCACUUUUUUAUGCGCAUUUCUGUGAUAACUGUUAUUGUUGCUGUAUUUAGUAUAGACCUACAAAUACAUUUCUAUGUGUAUACGUCAGCUUUAUCUACGUUCAUUAUGCAUAUAUUUACGUCCAUGUGUCGGAAUGAAUUUGAUUCUGUUUACAGUAUAUCAUUGAACCAGUUUUAUAGUUAUGGCGUGAACUCAAAAUUUGGGUACUAAUUUUCGGUUGAAGUAACCUGUUUUUCCUCCAUUGUAAGAUGUCCAUUAUUAUUUCAUUUUCAAAAUUGGAAGAUUUCCUUUUCCGUAAUGGGCAUCGAAAGAGAGACAUGGAUGUUUGAUAAAGCCCGGCGCUCACUGACAACAUUUGUUGUCGAAAACGAGAUUUCUUGAUUCAGACAACAAAAUAU